AAACAAAGUAGACAACAAGACAAUAAACAAUAAACAAUUAACAAAAAACAAUCACUUAUCAAAUUAUCAAAUCAACAAAUGAAAACAUCAGACAUUAGAUAUCACAACAGACAUCAGAUAUCAAAUAUCAAUCAUCAGUCAUCAAUCAUCAAUCAUCAAUCAUCAGUCAUUCAACCAAUUAUUAUAUCAUUUCAGCCUUGUAAUCUACCAGGUUAUAUGUUAUGACUAUAACUACUAGUGAAAGUCACACCAAUAAAAGGCAAUACCUAACGGUAGGUAAAUCUUAGAUAUCAUUUGUUUGUUCCCCCUUUUAACCCUCAUACUUAUCACAUCAUUAGAACAAUAACCAAUUUUGCCUUUUACAACGAGACUUUUACAACAAACUUUGAAUUUUGAGGUGGCCUGGAAUUCUAGAUCUAAUCGAUUGACUUUGCGAAGAAGAAGAAAGGAAGAAGAAUAGGCAUAAUUUUGAUCAUCACAGAUACAGAUAGGAAUCUAGAAGCAUUGGAACGGUGGGAAUGACAGGCGAGAUCGAGAUCCAAUUAUAGAAUCCCUCUUUAUAUUGAUCAAGUCGAUUCUUCCUUCAAAAAUCCAGGAACGAUGUCUGAUAAGGAUCCGAACAAGGGAAUUCUUGACCUCCCUUUGGAGGUUCAAUCAGUUAUAUUGAAACAUGUAAGUCAGGAUGGCUUCGACAACUUUUCACCAUGUCAUCUUUGCGCUGCAGUGACAUCCUAACACGUCUUUUAUUCUAGACGUCGACCGCCGACCUGAUUGCGCUCUCUCUCGUUUCGAAGCAUCUCAGAAAUCUAGCAGCCAAGGAACUAUAUCGAAGCUUCCAUAUUGUCUUUCCAGAUGACAAUGAUGCGCUCAAUGAUUCUCCUAUCGAUAGUUUGGCGUCGGGGCUGGAUACUUUCGUUACAAGUGAUUACGAUUACUCCCAACACCUAAAGGAAAUUAUACUUGAGCCUUUGAAUGGAAGUCAAAAAGGAGAGCUAGCAUACCGUUCUUAUCUACAUGAUACCUCUUGCGGAAAAUUCAUGAAUACUUUGUUGCUUUUGACUUUGCGCAAAGCUAAAGCUCUCGAGAGUUUCGUGUUGGUUGACCCUGCUAACAACGUGUGACCGUGCUAAUUUCUGAUUCUUAGAUGGGAUAUUCGUGUGAAAUUGAGUAGCCAGAUUUUCACAGAAUUACAUCGUAUUGAAGCUCUACAACAUUUCCACGUCAGAAUGCAAGCUGAAAGUUCAAUACAUGUUCCUGCAACUAACCCAAAUCCAACCUCCUCGACGAACUACAAUCCUUCAACAUUCGGUUUUCCUCCAAGCUUGGUAUCAAGCCAGUCAUCACUCACAUCAACUAAGGCAAAACAAAAUGGAGGCAAAGGUCGGACUCCGGUUGUGGGUGGGACAUCUCAAACUAUUUCAGGAUUCAAAAACCUAAAGAGUCUGGCUGUUCUUGAUAUGGAUACCUUGGAUUGUCUAUCUGAAAUUCGAGACUGUAUACAGAACUCAUCGUCAACUCUAACUUCACUAGAAUUGUCAUUCUCGGAGCUACUUGCUUCCAGAACCAGAAAGCCAGCUGUGGAAAUUCCAGUCGAGGAUGAUGAAUCUGAAGCGGAAGAUGAAUUUGGCCAAUUGACUGCACUUCCUGUCACCGCUCCAGAUACUCUAUCUGAUGCGUUUGUUUUAAAAGGGAUGACGAUUACGGAGGAAAGGAAAGCACAAGAAGCAGCGUUGGCAAAGAUCCUUAGUACUGAAUCGUCAACUUCGAAAGGCGUUACGGAUUCUCCUAGUCAAAAUUCAGAUGACCCAGAAGGUGGACCUCCGGAAAAGACAGAAAUGUCCAGUCCCUUGAAGAUGUUUGUAGCGUUAAUGCAACAAUCGGCGAAGGCCAUGGCUGAACAUAAAUUCGAGGAGAUGCAAAAAAUCGUCCAGGAAACCAUCGAGAAAGGUUCCCAGGUUUACCUCAAGAGCCUGAAAAGAGAAAGUGAAUCUUCUGAUAAGCCAGGCACCACCACUAAUACGGAAGGUAACAGUGGUGAAAGUAGUAAUGUGGGAUCCGGCAAUACAGGUGACAAUAAUGCGGAAGAGAUCAAUGGGAAGAAUUCCGAAUCACCAGUUGUGGCCGACCCAAUAGACGAAACUGUCACGGACGAGGGCGAAUCUCAAGAUCAACCCGGUCUUUUUGACGAAUCAACAACAGUGAAAAAAGUUUCCAAAUCCAAGGAUAUCGUAGAUCCAGAUGACAUCGAUAUUGAAGAACCGGAGCUUGUGGUAGAUUUGGAAUGUGUUGAAGGGAUCACUACUGAAACCGAGACGGAUCUCGAGCCAGUCCCCAUGGAAAUGCAGGAACAUCAAGCCUCGGAAGUAGUUGAUGAGCUAAUUGAUUCAGAACAUAUGAAUGCUCGAGGAAUUUCUACUGAGAAGCGUGAACAAACUCCAGAGCAGAUUAAGCCAAACGAGAAGGGAAAGUCAACAGAAAUUGGACCACCAGUUACCAACACCAACAAGGACAUGAGCGAGUACAUUCGAAAAACACGAGGUCUUGCCCUUGAGAAUUUAUCACUCUACCUAAUACCUAUAAAAAGUUCUGUUUUAUCAAAGGCUAUUGACAUCAGAGUAUUGAGAAAAAUUACCCUACUCAAUGUUGGCUUUCAAACUUCAUUUUGGUCUAUGGUAGCACGCGAAAACAGGAUCGAUUCUCUUCCGCUAGAUGAAAUCUACACAGAUAACGUCACCAUGACUUUCCUAGACUGCAUCGGAAAACUCGCAAAAGUAACAGAGCUAUGUAUGCUUGAACGCGCAUCCAGAACAAAGCUAGACCCCACAGAUUCAAAGAAAAGAGUCUCCAUAGAGCAAAUCCGAAGAUUGGCUCUCAAGAAACAUGCCCCGACAUUAAAAGUCCUCUCUAUACAUCAGGAAAGCAUUCCUCACCAAUUAACACCUUUUGCAUGGGACUUAGAUGCCAAAACUGCUGUGCUGUUGUGUCGGAAAGCUAAAGGAUUGGAGGAAUUGGCUGCUACUUUUGAUGUUUCAGUUAUGGUAUGUUUAUUCCUAACCUCACAGUUAAACAUUCAAAGUCAUAUACUAACCCUGAGAUUAGCACAUUCUUAAUCAGAAUCUCUCGGGCCUCAAAAAUCUCCGGGCUCUCCACGCAAUCGAAUUCCGUUCUGAAGAUACCUGCCAAUUGGUGAGGAGCGAGUUCCGAAAAUUUACCGUAGACAGUAUCGCCCAUAAUCCCGACUGUGAACUCGAAUAUCUUGCCCUUAGAAAUUCGAUAACCCGUAUUUAUCGUCGCAUUAAAGAAAAUUCUCCGAAAGCAAGACUACCAAGGGCUCACUUGGGAAAGAAGACUGAACCUGCAAUUGAUAGCGACAGUGAGGAUGAGGGCAUGACUGGUAAGAGUGGAUUUGGCUUGAAAGUUGAGAGUUGUGAUGGAUUUGAGUUUCAGGAUGUGCAGGAUGUGAGGAUUUUUGAAAAGGAUGUUGUUUGGAAGAGGCUUUAGGUUGGGAUUGAGAUAAGGAGAAGGGUAAGGGUGAUGGGAAUGAGAAUGAGAAUGGGAGAUGCUAGUGGGCAUGAUGGAUGCAUCUGGCUGGGGAGUAAAUCAUCAGUUUGGUAGUAUUUUAGUCCUUGAGGUCUGGCUUGGCUUGGCUUGCGCGAGCGUGGCGUAUAGGAUCUCAAAAGGUGUUCAGGGCGACUUGGUUCAAAUGCAGGCAUUAAGGAGGGUUAACGCACAGCGAUGGGAUGGGAAUACGAAUCGAUUGAUCUUGAUGUUGGCUUAUAGCGCGUCAAUCAACAACCUGGACUUUAAUCUAAUAAUGAAAGAAAGGGGUUUAAUUCUCGACACUGGUGGAUUGAUGUGGAAAUUGGAGUGAUUCAAUGAAUAACGUGCUUGGAAGGGUAUAUGUGGGAUGGCAGAUUUAUAUGGAAUAUCCAAUGAAUGAUUGCAGUGAUUUUUAAAAUCGAAUAUAUGAAAGAUUGAAUUUGGUUUGGUCUGGUUUGUGAGACUAAAUCAUUCUAUAUCUUGGGUGAUUGGUCAUUUCAUCCGGUUAUGCAAUGCAAAUUUUGAUUUCAGUUGAAUGGAAUAGGGAUAUGUAGGUUUUGCUUGUUGUGCAUUAUUCUAUUAUGUCGACAGGUAGUAGAUACUUGAGGAGUUGUAUGAGUGGGAGGAGGUAAGAGGCCAUGGGUAUCUAUGGAGGUGAGGUCAAUAGGGAUGGGAAAAUUGAAGUAAAAUACUAAAUAGAGGAAGAAAUUAUAUUAUUAUAAUUGUAGGGGAACACUUUAUCAUAUAAGCUCAAUUUUAAACUCUCCAGAGCUAUCAUCAUGAAGCUGCCUUGGGAGAAUA